GGAGCGGGGGCGGUGCCGCGAGCUCUCUAUGGUCGCGUCGGGCGAUAGAAGGGCACGGGCGGGCCCGCGCGCGAAGCCUGGUGGGAGCGCGACGGGCGGGCCGGUAGCCUACAGCCGUGGGCAGACAUGGUCACCGCGGCGUGGGCACUCCUCCUGCCCUUGCUCGGGCUCCUGCUGCCCACGCGGGUUCUGACCCACUCCUGGGACCCCGCCGGCUACUUGCUCUACUGCCCCUGCAUGGGGAGAUUUGGGAACCAGGCAGAUCAUUUCUUGGGCUCCUUGGCAUUUGCAAAGCUACUGAACCGGACUCUGGCUGUCCCACCUUGGAUUGAAUACCAACAUCACAAGCCUCCAUACACCAAUCUGCAUGUGUCCUAUGAGACCUACUUCAAGUUAGAUCCACUCAAAGAAUAUCAUCGGGUCAUUAGCUUGGAAAAAUUCAUGGAGAAGUUGGCCCCAAUCUACUGGCCUCCUGAGAAUCGAGUAGCCUACUGCUUUGAUGUUGCAGCCCAGCGGAGUGCUGACAAGAAGACCUGCCCUAUGAAGGAAGGGAAUCCCUUUGGCCCAUUCUGGGAUCAGUUCAAUGUCAGUUUCAAUAGAUCAGAACUUUUUGGUGGCAUUGCCUUCAGCUCUUCCUACAAGGACCAUUGGAUCCAAAGGUUUCCCCCAGAUAAGCACCCAGUGCUUGCCCUCCCUGGCGCUCCCGCUCAGUUUCCAGUGUUGGAAGAACACAGAGCCCUGCAGAAGUACAUGGUAUGGUCAGACGACAUGACGCAGAAGGGGGAGGCCCAGAUCCAGUCUCAUCUCAUCAGGCCUUACAUUGGGGUUCAUCUCCGAAUUGGCUCUGACUGGAAAAAUGCCUGUAGUAUGCUGAAGGAUGGGACAGCCAACUCCUUUUUCAUGGCUUCACCCCAAUGUGUAGGCUACAACCGCAACACUGCUGCGCCUCUCACCAUGGUCAUGUGCCUGCCAGAUCUGAAGGAGAUCAAACGGGCCCUGAGGCUUUGGGUGAAGACAGUAAAAGCCCAAUCCAUUUACAUUGCCACAGACUCAGAAAGCUAUGUCUCUGAAAUUCAGCAGCUGUUCAAAGGAAAGGUAAGGGUGGUGAGCCUGCAGCCUGAAGUAGCACAGAUUGACCUGUACAUCCUUGGUCAGGCAGACCACUUCAUCGGCAAUUGUGUCUCUUCCUUUACUGCCUUUGUGAAAAGGGAACGUGACUUACGGGGCCAGUCCUCCUCCUUCUUUGGCAUGGACCAUCCCCCACAUUUGCGGGAUGAAUUCUGAUCUUCUGUCCUCUCCCCUGGCAAUCAGGGCCAUGGAUCUUGGGGUGGCAGUGUCCUGUGGCCAGACAGUGAGGUCAAGUCACCAGCCUGUUUCAUACAAGU